AUGUCUAUCAAAGCUUUGAAAGCUAAGGCUCUCGAACACCUCGUUUCAGGGGGUAAGGUGCUAGGAGUCGGAAGGAAUGAAGAACCUGCCAGUGGUUCAACCAUGGGCUCUAUAUCGAGUAAAAAACUGCUGAGGAACGAGCUGUGGUCUCUUAUAUCGUGGAAAGGUGCACCUACAUGGUUUAUUACACUCUCCCCCGCGGACGGGCGUCACCCUCUAUGCUUGUAUUAUGCAGGCUCUCGAGUCGCCUUCGACGAUAAGAUUUUACCUUCUUCUAUUCGAGACCAGCUAGUCCUAUCAAAUCCGGUAGCUGCCGCCAGAUUCUUUGACUUCAUAGUCCGAAUGUUCAUCAAACACGUACUCGGUGUAGGUUCUCAUACUUCAACGGGGCUAUACGGUAAGACAUCCGCAUAUUAUGGAACCGUAGAGCAGCAAGGUAGACUCACCCUUCAUCUUCACAUGCUUAUUUGGAUAUGCGGUAGUCUGUCACCCGGUGAAAUUCGAAACAGGCUUCUCAGUAAAGACAGUGAAUUCCAAAAAGCUUUGAUAGAUUAUUUGGAAGGGUGUCAUCAAGGGGAGUUAUUUCAGGGACCUCUAGAAGUGAUUAAAGAACACCUACCUGCCAUGCCAUCAGGAGACAGUGACGGUAUUCACUUUGUGCGCAAGGGUAAAUCCAGCAAGGCCUUGGAGGGGUAUGAGGACCCUACGUUAACGCGACCCGUCCCUCCUCCUAGAACCCUACAACCUCUACAUGAACCGAUUUGUAAUGAAGGUACCCUUACGAGAAAAAGGACACUAACACCGGAGACAUACAAGUUCAAAGGAAGGCUUGUCUAG